GAGAGAGAGAGUGAGAGAGAAAGGCGGCCAGACACGUGGGGGCGUUUCGGAGUGACGUAAGACAGAGAGGCUAUAAAGUUAAAGGCACGCUGUAUCUUUAUCAAUGAAAUAGUAAAAAGACAGCGAGCUUCUGGAGGAGAGAAUAUUGUUUGUUGUGUUUUUUUUCCUUGCUGUUAAAUCGGGGUUUAUUUUCCCUCCGUUUUUAUUUGUAUUGAAAAGAAGACGAAGUCCCAGAUAAAACCGGCAGCAUGAAAUACAUUAUAGGCAUUGGCGGUGUGACCAAUGGUGGGAAAACCACGGUGACGAAUAGACUUGUCAAAACGUUGCCCAACUGUUCCGUGGUGCAUCAGGACAGCUUUUUCAAGCCUCCAGAUCAGAUAGAAGUUGGUGAGGACGGCUUUAAACAAUGGGAUGUGAUCACAUCCCUUGACAUGGAAGCCAUGAUGAACACUGUCCGUGCAUGGAUGGAGAACCCAGUCAAGUUUGCCCGUUCUCAUGGAGUUAAUGUAUUACCAACAGCAGAGGAGCCCAAUUCAGAGACUGAGGUCCACAUACUGAUAGUGGAAGGCUUUCUGCUGUACAACUACAGGCCCUUGUUAGAGGUGUGUGACAAAUGCUUUUACAUUUCCAUUCCAUAUGAAGAGUGCAAAAUGAGGAGGAGUACAAGACAAUACACUGUUCCCGACCCCCCUGGUCUGUUUGACGGGCACGUCUGGCCCAUGUACCUCAAACACAGGAGAGAGAUGGAAGAAAACUGCAUGAAUGUCGAAUAUCUUGAUGGCUUGAAAUCAAGAGAGGAGAUCUACAACCAGGUGUAUGAAAACAUCCAGAACACGUUGUUAAAUCAUUUAUAGCAGGACCUGUGGAGCUCUGAAGACCUGUGUACAGAUAAUUUGUAAAUAAUUGAGGAAGUUAGGAUAGUACUAAUAACCUUACGGUUGUUUUUUUUUUUUUUUUUUUUUUUUUAAGUAAUUAUCAAUGGCAAAUAGACAUUUUUUAAUCUUGAUGUAAAUAGUUGGAAGAAACAAUGACUUGUAUUAAACUGCCCUUGAUUGUGGCAGGAUUUAUUUUUGGUAUUUUGUAUUGAUGAAUCCAAGGACCGAAAGCAGCAAGAAUAUGAACUUAUAUAUUUUUUAAAACAAUUUAACUUAAACAGUGAGAGUUUCCAAAAAGUGUGCCAAGUUAACUAUGCACAGUUAUUUUAAAGUGUUCAGUGUUUUAGUAACUGUUAUUAGUAACCAGAUAUCUUUAUCUGGUAUUUUUUUUUUUUUUUUUAAUUAUUUUAAAUGUCAACUAUCCCCAUAUCAUUGGGUUUGUCACGCCAUCUCCUAAAACUAUGAAUUUCAGACCUUGUCUUGUGUCUUUCUUUAUUCCACAUCCAUGCACACACAUUUCCCAACACAAUACAUGCAGUCUGGAGCACAGAUGCAAUGUGUUUCUACAAGCCAGAAUGCAUGGCAAUAUGAAUGUGUUUCUAUAAAGUGGCAUGCUUAUUAAUAAAUCUCCAAUCUGGUCUUUCUCUAAAAGCACAACCAACUACCUAUGUUUAAACCCAUGACGGUAUGUAACCAGUUAAUGCCUCCCUGGCAUG